ACUUCAUUUCUUCACCAAAACCCUUCUCUCUGUUCCAAACGAUCCCAAUCCCCCCACUUAACCCUCAUUCUCCGGAAUCAACCCACUUCAUCACUCAGUUUAAGUGUAUCGGCAAAAAGGGAAAAUGGGGUGGUUCCAAAAGCCACAGGGGGCGUAUUGGAAUCGAGUUCGAACUCACCCGUUUCUGCUAAGAACUCCACCAAUCCGAUUGUUGUGAUUGACAACUAUGACAGCUUUACCUAUAACCUUUGCCAGUAUAUGGGGGAGUUGGGUUUCCAAUUUGACGUGUACCGGAAUGAUGAGUUGACCGUGGAAGAGUUAAAAAAGAAAAAUCCUAGAGGAGUGCUAAUAUCACCUGGUCCAGGCACGCCUCAAGAUUCUGGAAUAUCUUUGCAAACUGUACUGGAACUUGGGCCAACUGUUCCUUUGUUUGGUGUAUGCAUGGGUUUGCAAUGCAUUGGAGAAGCUUUUGGAGGGAAAAUUGUUCGAUCUCCUCAUGGUGUCAUGCAUGGGAAAAGUUCUUUGGUGUAUUAUGAUGAAAAAGGAGAAGAUGGAUUAUUUGCCGGAUUAUCAAAUCCUUUCUUAGCUGGUAGAUAUCACAGCCUUGUGAUCGAAAAGGAGAGUUUUCCUCAUGAAGAACUUGAGGUGACAGCCUGGACUGAGGAUGGUCUUAUAAUGGCAGCUCGUCACAAGAAGUAUAAGCAUCUACAGGGUGUGCAGUUUCAUCCAGAGAGCAUUAUAACAACCGAAGGAAAGGAAAUUGUUCGAAACUUUAUCAAACUCAUUGAGAGAAAGGAGGCUGGUGGUUCAUGAAAAUGUUUAGUGCUGAAUCUUAAUGCAUUGCAACAUUUGUGGUGUGAUGACCACAUACAUCAAAGGGAAAACAGUUUAAGAAAUUCAUUGGCAAAACUAUAAGUUAGGCUGGAGUGAAAUUGAUUCAUUAUACUAUAAGCGAUAAAUGUGAUUGUUGUAGACCUACAAAUUUGGCCUUACUAAUAAAUAUAAAAGUUGUAGAAGCUUGUUGUGAUUUAUGUGAGAAUCUCUUUCCAAGUUGGCUAUAGUU